AUGUUCAUCAACGCCGACGAACGGAGAAGGUGUGUUCUGAUGUUAUCCUUGUUUUCGAAAUAAAAUUUACCUUCUUUACACACUUCGCUUCGAAUAUUUGACGUUUUACUCGCAAAAUUAUCAAGUUUUUAGUGGAAAUUGAAAAUUUUUGGGAGAAAUUGGUGAUUUUUUUUUUUAAUUUUCUUUUUUUUUACCUUAUUUUAGACGAAAAUUCUCUAGAGAAAAAAAUUUCUAUAAAAAUUUGUUGCUUUUUCGUUCCGAAGAUAGUAAAAAAGUCAACUUUCCAUCCGAAAAGCACUUAUCUUUCUUCGUUUUCCCCUCUCUCUGAACGGUCGAUUUUUUUGCAGCCGAGCGAUGCUGAAGAACCUGCUGAGCCGGACGAUUAGUGCCUCAGGUCGUGCGUUUCAUCCGACUCAGCCCAGGAGCGUGGGGAUUCCAUUGGUCAUCGACAAUGAUGGACGGGCCGAGCGGGUUUACGACAUCUACUCGAGGCUGUUGAAGGAUCGAAUUAUUUGCGUUAUGGCGCCGGUAAGAGAGUGUUUUUGAUAGUGCUUACAUUUUUAAUGUACUCUAAGAAGCUGUGGACAACUUCUAUUGAUUUUUAUUUUUUGAAAAUCCGAUAUUUCCAUACGAAACAUGACGUUUUACAAGGUGGGCCAAAAAGUGUUUUUGCACCGUGCGGGCGCAUGAAUUCGGUGUUGCGACGAGGUGUCGCGCGAUAAAAUUUUGGCGGGGUGCGAAUGAAAAGUGCACUGUGCGUUGUUUACCCUUUUCAAAACAAUCUUUUUGCACUGUGCGGUGUCGCAUUGCACCGUGAAUUUUGGUUGUCGCCGCGCGGCAAAUUCUUCGCACGACGGCGCACUGUGCAAACAUGUCAAGACAUUUUGGCCCGCCUAGUGUCAAAAUACGUUUUUUCUCCCUAAAAUUUACGUUUUUCAUCCAUAAUUGCAGAUCGACGAUCAUUUUGCGUCCGCCGUGAUUGCGCAGCUGUUAUUUCUCCAAUCCGACUCCUCCAAAAGCCCCAUCCACAUGUACAUUAACAGCCCCGGAGGCUCGGUGACCGCCGGACUCGGUAUUUAUGACACUAUGCAGCAUAUCAGCGCACCCGUUCACACCUGGUGCAUCGGCCAGGCCAGCUCAAUGGGCUCGCUUCUGUUGGCCGCCGGCGAAAAAGGCAAUCGAACCUCACUUCCCAACUCCCGAAUCAUGGUCCAUCAACCUUCUGGAGGCGCUCAGGUAAUUUUUUUUUUACAAAAUUUGUCAUCAGAAGCUAGUGCAAUAUAAAUUUUUGUUAAAAAAAGUUUUUUUUUGCAGGGAACUGCCUCAGAUAUCAUCAUCCGAGCCGAAGAGAUCACUCGUCUUCGCAAAAGACUCAAUGAAAUCUACUCAUUCCACACUGGACAGCCUGUGGAGAAAGUGCUUCAUGCCCUGGACAGAGAUCAUUUUAUGAGCGCCGCUGAGGCCAAAGAGUUUGGAAUAAUUGAUCGCAUCGAAACUCAUACCGGAUCAUGCCCUGCCUAA